AUGCACGUUCUAGUAAGAAUUUGGGUCAGCAUGGGUGUAUUCACGUUCCACCACACAAUGUGGGCAUGUAUUUUGCACUGUUUCGUGGUUACACUGGGUAGCACAAUUUCCGCUACAACAGGUAAAUAGAAUGAUAUCGCGGUAGAAGCUAUGAACUAAUAAUUUCUUGCUUAAGAUGCCCUUCCACAAUCCUUCCGUAAGAUGUAAUAUCUUCAUCGCAUACCAAAGUAUCCUGACGAAUUUGCAAGAAAAUUCAUAGCAACUAGAAGGGAAAUUACACUACCCGUACUGCACAAUUAUAAAUUUCAUUCAUCUCUUCAGCUACGGCCUCUGGAUUAUCUCUGAGAGAUUUUGACAAGGUGGAUAAAUUUGUCCCGGAAUCGAUAUCAGGAAAACAAAGGAUGACAAUACCGCAUUUUUUACAAAAGUUUAACGGAGAUUAUUCACUGAGUUCUGCUUUGAGAUUGCCGUUAAAGCACAGGAUAAUUUCACAGAAGUCAAACGCUUCGAAAACACAGUUGCAUCAUCCUUCAGGUAAGAAUUCAUUGCCUUUCUACAAGGUGAAGCAAGAAGUUAACGGCAGGUUACAAAAUGGGUAUGACAAUAAGCAAAUGCAAGACCUUGGACACCAGAGAGGAAGGAAUGGCUAUAAUAAUACCAGUAACACCCACAAAGCACUUGAAAUGGUAGGACCACCUCUUACCCUCAAUGCUCAAUUGAAAGGGCGCAAUACACCUCACAAUGGUAGGAUGGGGGAGUUGUUUCACUCAUCAAAAGGUCCUGUUAUACCAACCGCAAGGGUUGUGGGAAGAAAACUAAAGAAAGACAGUCCUCUCACGAAUUACAGCAACAAAAGAUUGCCUCUCACAAAGCAAUUGAAGGACGCAUCAGCCCUAAGAGAGAAGACACCUUUAGACGAAGAAAUAAUCGUGAUGGGAGCGCCAUUAAUAUUCUCUAGAGGAAAUAAAAAUGUUCUCACCAUCUCAAAACAUACGGAAGGAAAUGCAAGUAACAUUUUUCGGAAUAGAACUACUUCCUUUCAUCAGAAAGCUUAUACCCCUCAGAAAAUUCAAAGGGUGAAUAAGACAAAUACGUCUCUGAAUCAGUUGGCUUUGCAUACCAAUACAACACUUAGAAAUGACAAGGAGAGUAGUUUAGCAAUGAGUCCUAAAAACAUCCAAAAUCACACCCCUUCUGCUGGGAGUUUCCACAAACAAGAAAAUAAUAAAAUGGAAAAUCUCUUGAGACACAACCGAAAUAAAACUUCAAAUCAAAGCGGAAGUCAUAAAGAAACAUUUGGAAAUAGAACAGUAGCAAUCGCAGGUACUUUUCUUCCUAAUAACGUAAGUUUAAAGCAUCUUGACUCGGCUCACUUUGACAAACAAACAUAUUCUAAAAGUGGGAAUCAACUCCAGAGCAUAGAACAGAAACAAACAGACUUAAACUAUGAGACUGAACAGGGCUCUAAUGCUAUUAUUAAAGAAGAAAGCCUUGGUAACAAUACUUCUGGUCACCAAGAAUACAACGCAAAAGAAAAUCACGGCAGUGAAGAAAGCAACUCCAUAUCCACAGAUAAGGUUGGUUACGGACAAGAAAACCUUCCACCUUUUCCUGAAGAAAAUCCUGAAGAAAAAGACGUCGAAGAUUUGCAAAUUGCCAACGAUGAUAGCAGUAACGUAAGCAACGACCGUGAGGAAGGAGAAGCGGAUGGUCAGUUUCAAGGUAAAGCGAUAACCCCAGCUUCAAACCAGAGGUACAUGCCAGUUGAUGACUUUGGAUCACCUUUUUAUGGAAACGAGACAGGUAAUUAAAAGCGUCUUUUGAAGUUUGACUAGGAAUCUUGAUACUUAUAUAGACUCCUAAUAGCUAACGGGAGUACACUUGCAAACUUAAAGGCAGGAUUAUUAUUCAUCAGUGCCUUUAAUCAUAAUUACCUCAUAUUUCCAAUAUGAUACGUAGCUGUUUUAAGAUCAAAUUAUAUUUCACGUCUGUUUCCGCUACUUUGCUUGGUUUGCGUUCAAAAUUAGUCGCCAUUGUGAAAUGGAACGUCCGUUGACCUUCAUUUCACAGACGAGUACUUUCAGCGAGACGCCCUUGCCGCUCACAACAGGUAUCGAGCCUUACACAAUGCUCCUCCUCUGCAACUAAGCCAAGAGCUGUCCGCGGAGGCUGAAAAGUUUGCCAAAAAACUAGCUAGAAUGGGUGUUGCGCACCAUGAACUAAACCGUAACCUUCGGAAGGAGGGUGAAGGUGAUAAUGUGGCAAGAGGAUGCAGCGAGUGGGGAGGAUUGACAUCUGCUGGAGCUGUCCAUAGAUGGUGAGUGUGUGCAUCUCAUUGCGCAUGCGUAAAGUUGCACAAGUAGACCGGCUGAAAAGUCUUUUCUGAUUUCCUAAAUAUUUUUUGGGGCCUAAAAACAUACAGUAUACUUUCGCAUACGUUUAUUUGUUGAAGAGAAUCCUUUAUUUUGAAAAGGGUCGGAAAAAUAGUUAACUUUUCUUAGCGUUUCACUAAGUAUCGCCGGAUAUUCUGGAAUGUAAAGCAGGCUUUCAAUUCAAGCAAGCACCAUGAAACGCAGUUUAAACAACCUCUAUGUUACUCAAAUGUUUUUAAAAAAAAUAACUUCAGGUAUAGCCAAGUCUGUUAUUUUAACUGGAGCAAGAGCGCCAUUCAACCCGAAGCCAAGAAUUUCAUGCAGUUAAUAUGGAAAGGAACCAGUCACAUGGGAAUAGGAAGAGCAUUUGGCAAACGCCGUAGCCUACCCUGCACUUUCAUCGUAGCACGCUACAGACCUGGUGUGAUGAAUGCAUUCGAAAUGGACAGUAACGUAGAUAAGGGUUCAUUCCUGUCUUCAUAUUGUAAUGCGGAUAAGGACGAAGGCUUAAUGUCAACAGGAUAUCCAAGUACAUUUUUCCAGGAGGGAGCUGCUAAACAAGAUGACCAACCAUUUCCUGAAGCUCAACCUCUUGGUAGUUUCCAAUACACCGCAGAUCCUCCAAGUAGCGUAUCGUUCGUCCCUCUGGGUCCAUGGGAAAAAACUAUGGAUACACAAGAUGUGCGAGACUUAUCGCGGGUACAACCCAACACCAAGACACUUUACAGUUUGUCACCUCGUGUAAAUUUACCAGAAGCUACCCUUGACGACGAUAUGGACAAUGAAGAUGAUGUCUCGAUCACGGGAGAUGAUGAUGACUGGAGGAGGACAUAUAAGUCACCCACGGAUAAUGAUGACAUAGUCAUUGAUGCAAAGAAGUCUACAAUAAAGAAGACAGAACAAACCUCUCGAAGAAAGGAAUGAACAUUAAAGGCAAAGACAGUUUAAUAUACACUUAAUGUACGGUCCCAAGGGAAACAGUUUUUGUUUCGAGGGAAAACAAAACUAACUAGUUUCCCGCGGGACCAUACAUUAAGUACUUUGUUAUAUAUUUAGACUUUCCCUCAAACAAUCAUAUGGCAAAAACAAACAAAGAAAAACCGCACAACUUCUUUACUAACAAUCGUCAAUCCUGCGGAAUGAAUAAGUCCUAACUUAACUUCAAAUGUUUCGAAGUACAUGGAAAAGUAAAACAUGCUUUUUAUAACCUCAAUAAGGAAUACAAAAUCAUUUGGAAUUGUAACAAUUGAAGGUAACAUUUGCUCCAGAAUAAACCUUAAUAUUGUUUUAUUCGGCGCGCGGGCAACAACUGCGCAAUUGUAUCCCGGUCGGGAUCCAUUUGAAUUUGAUCAGUAGCACGUGACCAAGAAUCAACCAAUCACCGUGCUCGUUUUGUUGGGGAAAGUCUAGGUAUAUAACAACAACAAUUAUGACCGUACUGGAGCCCUUAUGAUCACGUGGUUAGCUAGGCGUCAAAACAUUCUAAAUGUUCACAAGUGAUCUCUUAAAUCAUCACUAAGAUUUUAUUCUUUUGCCAGGCAUAAUAUUCAAGGAGCAAACUUUCGUCAUGGGCCAAAUUUGAUUCCAAACCUAUACGACAGAAACUUUCAACUCCCUCAAAGGAAUCCUAUCAAAACCUUUAUAUUACUUACCUCUGAGGUUAUAGCGGCAGGUUGUAGACUUCAUUGUACGUUAACAUGCAC